GCCCCAUGGUUCCCCAUAGACAGACCGCUCAGGAAACAGCUCUCCCCUGGUCGUCGCCGCGGGGAGAAUGGGAGCUCUGAAGAGAAACGAGGACCCCGACGUGAAGCCGAGCGCUGCCUUCCAUCUGCAUCCCAACGGGUCCCUGCAGCUGCUCUCGGCAGAGAUGGGUGAUGAGCGGGACUACACGUGCCAGGUCCUCACCGGGACCGCGGAGAAGGGCCGGGCAACCAGCCACCUCCGAGUCUUUGUGGCCCCUGAGCCCCCAGAGGUCACUCCCAACCGAGGAACCAUUUCUGUCAUUGACGAUAUAGCUCACGAGAUAGCCACCUGUACCAGCCGAAAUGCCAAUCCUGCCCCCAGCAUCAGCUGGUACCGGGACGGGGAGGCCCUGCAGAUCACUACAGAGCUGAACAGGGAGCUCUACACCGUGAGCCGCACCGUCCGAGAGGCCUCCGGGCUCCAGUCCCUCACCAGCAUCCUCUACCUUCGGCCCAAGAAGUCCGACCGCGACGUCGCCUUCCACUGCAGGGCCACCUACCAGCUGCCCAAUGGCCAGCAGGACUGGCAAGAUGCUGAGCCCUUCUAUCUCACACUGCACUACCCCACCGAGAACGUGCAGUUCUGGGUGGCCAGCUCAGCGGCCCCGGGCGGCUGGGUCCGAGAGGGGGACACCGUCAGCCUCCUUUGUCGGGGAGACGGCAACCCAGCUCCCGAGUACAUCUUCACCCUGGACCAGGGAAAAAAGGAGGAAAAGUCCCUGGAGACCAACACCAACGGCAACCUGACCCUGAGGGACGUCUCCCGGGACCAGAGCGGCCUGUACCAGUGCGAGGUGGCCGACUUUGACGCCGACCCGGAGGUGGAGCUGGUCCAGAGGCUGGAGCUCCACGUGGGAUACCUGGACCCCCUGGAGCUAAGCCCGGGAGAGAACGUGACGGUGCCCUUGGGGGGCACCACAAAGCUGGGCUGCUUCACCUCUGGGGACCCGACCCCCGAACUCCUCUGGACUAAGGAUUCCAUCCCCCUGCACCAAGGCCCCCAGCUCACCCUCACCAACGUCUCCUUCACUUCGGCCGGCGUCUACACCUGCGAGGCCUCCGUGCCCAAGCUGCCCGGGCUUACCCGGACCCGGCAACUGCAGCUGUUUGUGCAAGGUAAGCCCAGGACCUGGAGGGCUGGGAGCGGGCUGGGUGGGGCUGCUGGGCCCUGCCUCCCGCUGACGUCCUCCUGCUCUCUGGCUGGAAUGGAGGAGUGGCCCCAGGGCAGCAGCGGCUGGACUGAAGGGGAUGAAGUGACCCUCACCUGCCUCUUGGGGACACCCCAACACCCGGCUGGGGCUGGGACUCAUUCAGGGGAACAUCUACCCUCCCAGGUUAACAGAAUCAUCGGUGGCUGGGUCCAGAGUUCGCUGAAACUGAAGGUGAUGGGAACUGUCGCCAGGGAAGGAGUCACCUGCACAGCCUCCAACCCCCUGGGUCAUGCCCAGCACACCUUCCACUUUGAGGCAGUGGCCCCACAGACCCCCCAAGCAGGCGUGGCCGUGAUGGCAGCCGCCGUCAGCGUGGGACUCCUGCUCCUGGUGGUUGCUCUGUUUUACUGCAUGCGCCGGAAGGGCCGCUGCUGCCGUAGGCGGGAGAAGGUGCCCCCGCUGCCCCCGGAGCCUGAGUCGAGCCGUCCCGGCAUGGAUCGCCCGGAGCAGACAGGCCUGCUGUCGGCAGGCGGAGGUGGAGGGGGCGGCCGUGGAGGCCAUGGCUUUGGGGAUGAGUGCUGAGACUCAGGACUCUGGCCGGCCCUCAGCCCCACCUUCCAUCUUUCACCAGGCUCAGAGAGAGCUGUUCGCAGGUGGUGGGAGUGGGGGGGGGUACCCUCAAUCUGGUCCCAGCCACUCCUCCCCCCACUUCCUUCCCCCGCCUGAGACUCAGGAUUUGGGACCGGGCCUGGGCGGCCCGCCCUGCAGAGACGAGGACCUCCUCCCCCGGCCCCUGAAAUAUCCCCGGGUUCUUGGCCCGCGGCCUGGCCUGGGAGGAGGGGGUCAGCGGAGGAGCUAUUUUUACCAGCCUCUGAGGUCUGCCCUCCCUCCCUUCUACUGUAAAGUCUGACACUGGAUCCCUGCCCACCCCUCACCCUUGCUUCACCUUGGUCAGAAACACUGGAGACUAAAUAAAGGCCGUCAGGCAGCCCACCCA